AUCGCAGAUAUCACUGCGAAUCGUAGCGAAGCGACCGAUCUUCCAGUUGGUGCUGCAGCAUGAAGACCGGGCUGGUGUUGCAAUUGGCGCUGCCCGUGAUGCUACUAGUCGGACCCUCGGAAGAAUUUUUUUUAGACUACCCUAAGAAAGCACUGAAGGAAUUCUUUCAAUCUCUGAAGGAGAAGAAGACCAAGACGAAUCACGUGCAGCAUUAUCACAUACACUAUCUUCCAAUGCCGGCGAUGCCUUUCCAUCCAUUAGCAUGGACGAGAGCUCCGGAUAAAUACUAUCUCGACGAACUUUACAGCGACACUCUCGCGUCGUUCGGAUGGUCGGACCUCCGCUACAAAUACGCGCCCGAUCCCUCGCUAAUCUUUUCGUCGGGCUUUCAACACCUGUCCGAGCCGGAUCCAUGGGAUGACCUCUGGAGCGACGAGAUUCUAGGCACCGAUGACGCCCACGAUACGAUCGAUCGUAACUCCAGGGGAAUACUGAUGCGGAUCCCCAUCAACCGGCAGCUCAUGUUCCAUUUGCCGUUGAAGAAAUCGCGACAGAGAAGGUCGGAGACGGUGACGACUUAAGGC